AUGAACGUCAAUCAACUUCUAUUCUUACUUAUUGUCCAGUUCUUACCAUUGAUAUGGGCCAGAGCUUACCCCCCUGUCAAGUCAACCACUCCAUAUCGUACGGUUUUCUUCAACUAUCAAAACAAUGCCGUAUGUUUAUAUGCCAACGAUACGGCACAUACCCAUUUUGAAAUUGAAUUUGAUAAUGCUCGACUCAAUGAAUCAAUACCAGUGAUGAUUUUCAACUAUCGUGAUUUACCCAAAUUCAAAAACUUGCCCAAUUUCAACUCAUUUUUAAAUCAUACUUAUCUUAAUGAGCCAGAUGAAAUGCAACGAUUAAUUACGAUUGAUGAAGAAACGAAGCAGGUUGAUUUCAAUUUCCAGUUAGUGCUGAAACUGGGUCAAUCUUUACCGGAACUGGUUUGGUAUAAAGUCAUUACUAAUGAGACGUUGAUUCGUUAUGAUGUGAAGCAACCGGGCACUUAUUGUAUCUAUAUGCCAUUGUAUACAUUGGAUUGGAACACCAUCCUUCCAACCAAUUACCAAGCCCAGUUGACGGUGGAGGAGUUUUCUCCCGUUAGUGUUUUCCAUGAUAUUUCUGUCCUGGUUAACAUUGCCAUUAUGUUUGGUUCGAUAUUGGUUGGGUUGAGCUAUUUGUAUCCGGCAAUUCGAGCCAGGAAAUUUACCAAGUUACCACCCGUGAUUCAACAAUUGACGCAAUUGUUGAUUGUCUAUGUUGGAUUCACAAUGAUUCAAUUAGCACUUCGAUUAAUUUAUUUAUUUGUUCCCAAUGACUUCAUCUACACUUUUACUGAAGAUUACUUUGGUUAUUUUGCCAACAUUUUGUUGAAUAAAUGGCAAAAGUUUAUCAUUUCGCAAGUUUAUUUUGGAUUAGGAUACGUCAAUUGUCCCAACACCAUAUUAAAGUAUAUUUUCCAAGUUGCAUUCAUCAUUAACCUCGUUUCGGUUGUCAUUGUUGACAACUGUGUCAAUUUCCCCAUUCCCAUCACGGGGGUUUCCAUUAACAAUGAACAUUAUCUGAUUUUCAAGAAAUCAAUCUUGGUCAAUGAGUUUUACGCCAAUAUAGUCAUUAACCAAAAUUCUGAUUUACUCAAGUACAUUUUCAAUUAUGGUACACAAGCUCAAAUAAUUUGUGGCUUUGUGAUGCAGGUUCUGAGGUUUGUUUCUGGGGUUUAUUUUGCUUGGAAAUUGAGAAAGUUCCCCAAAUUGGCUAAACCGAUGAUUUCCACCGUUUUGCUUCAUUUAAUUGCUUGGACAUCAUUUGGUAAACAAUCGGUUUAUGUAGCUUUUGUUCGCUUGAAUUUUAGUGGCGUAUUUGACGUGGGUGAAUUGUUGGGUCAGGUUGGUAAAUUGAUGGAAACUUAUGAAGUGAAAUGGUUGGCGCUUUCGUUGGUGGAAAUUUUAUUGUUGUGGUUUAUUUGGUCCACAGGUAAACCUUAUGAUUAUAGUGUUGCUGUGAAGCAAGAUGAAGAAAAGAAGAAGAAGAAGAAGAAUAAGGAUGAGACAGUCAAGGAGAAGAAAGCAAGUGAUGCAAAGGGGAAAGAAAAAGAAAAACAAAAAGGUAAACCUAAAGAUAAAAAGAAGGCUGCUGAUGAGAAAAAGCCAAAAAGAGAGAAGGACACUGCAAAGCACUGA